GGACUCAACUUGCAAAAGGCUGGAUUUUGAAAAAAAAAGUGGCAGGGGAGAAGAGGGGGCCAGUUUCAGAGACCCGCGUUCGCGCAGAUGAGGACUUUUUAGCUGCAUAGAGUUCUUAAGAACUCCCCGAACCGUACAGGAGAAGCGAUUUUAUUUUCGUUUCGCCCCCGCUCUCUGCUGGCUGUAAACUUCGGAGAGAUCGAAAGCGAGGGACGGGCCCGAGCAGACAUCCAGGAGCGCCGCGGCUUCCCUCCCCCCAGUUCUCCUCCCUCCCAUGGAAAUCCAGGGGGUUUUCCCAGCCUGUGGAAGACUGGGUCACUGGAGGCGGAGGAAAAUCAGCAGGAGCAGCCGCGGCAUAUGAGUUGCUUCCGUAGCGCAAAGCCCUCGCUUUACUCGCUCGAUUUUCUCCACGCGGAGGGAGCAGCGCCGACCAAACCCGAGCCGCAAACUUGGAGCGGCGGGGCUGGUUGCUCGUGGUAAUCCGUCGGUCUGGAAGAGCCCUUCGCGUCUUCCCAGCUCCCGCUGGAGAGGCAAAAUUUCGGUUGAAGACAGUAUCCAGGGAACCCUCCUCUUUCUCUGGGAGAUGCACAUUGGUUGUUGCUAAGAUCGCUUCCACAAUAACAUGCGCAUCCUGUUUACACCUUCAUCUGAAGAAGCUGGGCUUGGCUAGUUUCACCAGCUUCACUUGGGGAAUUGCAGAAGGAAGUGUUGGUUUCCCCGCCCCCCUCACCAGUCCUGCCAUUUUUCCUGGGAUCCUCUUUUUUUCCCCAGUGGUGUUGGCCUGCAGGCUAUAGAACUGGGCUGCUUUCUUCAAGAAAUACCAAAGUUUGCAUUGCCUGCUGUGAUUUCAUAGAGGUAAGAGGCAAGACUGGUAAAGAAGUAGCACACGUCCUUUCUUGUGCUGUUUCUUGUUGAACCCACUGGAGUUUUUUUUUUUGUCAAGAUGACGAACAACUCUGCAGAUCACCAUCCUGGGAACUCUGUUGCUGAGGGCAACCAUGAGGGGGACUUUGGUUGCUCCGUAAUGGACCUGCGGAACCUCAUGGAACUUCGUAGCUCAGAGGCAGUCAACAGGAUAAAUGACAUCUAUGGGGGAGUGCAUAAUAUUUGCAAGAGACUGAAGACCUCCCCAGUGGAAGGCCUGUCUGGAAGUCCUGCAGAUCUCGAGAAAAGAAGGCAAGCAUUUGGCCAGAACUUCAUCCCACCAAAAAAGGCUAAAACCUUUCUGCAGUUGGUUUGGGAAGCACUUCAGGAUGUCACAUUGAUCAUCUUGGAAAUUGCAGCCAUAAUCUCCCUCGGUCUGUCUUUCUAUCGCCCUCCUGGUGGUGACAAUGAACAGUGCGGUCAAGCGGCAGGUGGAGCAGAGGACGAGGGUGAGGCCCAGGCAGGCUGGAUUGAGGGAGCAGCCAUCCUCUUCUCAGUCAUCAUUGUGGUACUGGUUACAGCCUUCAAUGACUGGAGCAAAGAGAAGCAGUUCCGGGGCCUCCAAAGUCGCAUCGAACAGGAGCAGAAGUUCACAGUCAUCCGCAAGGGGCAGGUUAUCCAAAUCCCUGUGGCUGAGAUCGUGGUGGGGGAUAUUGCUCAGAUCAAGUAUGGUGACUUAUUGCCAGCAGAUGGGAUCCUGAUUCAAGGCAAUGAUUUGAAAAUCGAUGAGAGCUCUCUGACUGGGGAAUCAGAUCAAGUGAAGAAGUCUCUGGGUAAAGAUCCCAUGCUGCUUUCUGGUACUCACGUGAUGGAAGGUUCUGGUCGAAUGCUGGUCACAGCUGUGGGUGUCAACUCACAAACUGGAAUCAUUUUCACUCUUUUGGGAGCAGGGGAAGGAGAUGAGGAGAAGAAGUCCAAGAAAGGUAAAAAACCAGGAGUCCCUGAAAAUCGCAACAAAGCAAAAACUCAAGAUGGUGUGGCCCUGGAGAUCCAGCCACUGAAAAGCCAAGAAGGGGUGGAAAAUGAGGAGAAGGAGAAGAAGAAGGUGAAGGUCCCAAAGAAGGAGAAGUCUGUACUGCAGGGGAAGCUCACCCGCUUGGCAGUUCAGAUCGGAAAAGCAGGACUGAUCAUGUCAGCCAUCACUGUCAUUAUCCUGGUGCUGUAUUUUGUGAUUGACACCUUUGGGAUUCAGGGAAAGCGCUGGACAGCUGACUGCACCCCUAUCUACAUCCAGUAUUUUGUCAAAUUCUUCAUCAUCGGUGUCACUGUGCUAGUAGUGGCUGUGCCUGAGGGCUUGCCCCUGGCUGUCACCAUCUCUUUGGCUUACUCUGUGAAGAAAAUGAUGAAAGAUAACAAUUUGGUUAGACACCUGGACGCUUGUGAGACUAUGGGCAACGCCACUGCUAUCUGCUCAGACAAGACUGGUACUCUCACCAUGAACCGUAUGACUGUGGUGCAGGCCUAUGUGGGUGACACCCACUACCGACAGAUCCCUGACCCUGAAGCUAUCCUGCCUAGAAUCCUGGACCUCAUUGUCAAUGGUGUUGCAAUCAACUCUGCUUAUACUUCCAAAAUCCUGCCACCAGAAAAAGAAGGGGGCCUCCCACGCCAGGUUGGAAACAAGACAGAGUGUGCUCUUUUGGGCUUUGUUCUGGACUUGAAACAAGAUUAUCAGGCUGUCCGCAGUGAGGUGCCUGAGGAAAAACUCUACAAGGUCUACACCUUCAAUUCAGUGCGCAAAUCCAUGAGUACGGUGCUAAAGAACCCUGAUGGAAGCUUCCGCAUGUACAGCAAAGGAGCCUCUGAGAUCAUCUUGCGCAAAUGCACAAAGAUCUUGGACAAGGAUGGGGAACCCCGAAUAUUUAAGGUGAAGGAUCGAGACGAGAUGGUGAAAAAAGUAAUUGAGCCAAUGGCUUGUCAUGGGCUACGCACUAUUUGUCUGGCGUACCGGGAUUUCCCUGCUGGUAUUGAGCCAGACUGGGAUGCUGAGAAUGAGAUUCUGUCUGACCUUACCUGCAUCGCUGUAGUUGGCAUUGAGGAUCCAGUUCGGCCAGAGGUGCCUGAGGCCAUCCAAAAAUGCCAACGUGCUGGUAUUACAGUUCGGAUGGUUACAGGUGACAACAUCAACACAGCACGUGCCAUUGCCACCAAGUGUGGGAUCUUACUGCCUGGGGAGGACUUCUUGUGCCUGGAAGGGAAGGAAUUCAACCGGCUCAUCCGCAAUGAGAAAGGAGAGGUGGAACAAGAGCAGCUGGAUAAGAUCUGGCCCAAGCUACGAGUCUUGGCCCGUUCUUCCCCCACUGAUAAGCACACGCUUGUGAAAGGUAUUAUUGACAGCACUGUUGGAGAACGAAGGCAGGUGGUAGCUGUGACUGGGGAUGGCACCAAUGAUGGCCCAGCCUUGAAGAAAGCAGAUGUGGGAUUUGCCAUGGGCAUUGCUGGCACAGAUGUUGCAAAAGAAGCCUCAGACAUCAUCCUGACAGAUGAUAACUUUACAAGUAUUGUCAAAGCAGUGAUGUGGGGACGCAAUGUGUACGACAGCAUCUCCAAAUUCCUGCAGUUCCAGCUAACAGUCAAUAUAGUUGCUGUGAUCGUAGCUUUCACAGGUGCUUGCAUCACACAGGACUCUCCUCUGAAGGCUGUCCAGAUGCUGUGGGUAAACUUGAUCAUGGAUACUUUUGCCUCCUUGGCCCUUGCCACAGAACCCCCAUCAGAAUCCUUGCUUUUGCGCAAGCCAUAUGGCCGAAACAAGCCACUUAUUUCCCGCACCAUGAUGAAGAACAUCCUGGGACAUGGUGUGUACCAGCUCACCAUUAUCUUCACAUUGCUCUUUGCAGGUGAGAAGUUUUUUGAUAUUGACAGUGGCCGGAACGCUCCACUCCAUUCCCCACCUACUGAGCACUACACCAUCGUCUUCAAUACUUUCGUCAUGAUGCAACUUUUCAAUGAGAUUAAUGCUCGUAAAAUCCAUGGCGAGAGGAAUGUCUUUGAGGCCAUUUUCCGCAAUCCCAUUUUCUGCUCAGUGGUGCUGGGAACCUUUAUUGCCCAGAUCAUUAUUGUGGAAUUUGGUGGGAAGCCAUUCAGCUGUUCAGGCCUUACCUUGAGUCAGUGGUUCUGGUGUAUUUUCAUCGGUGUAGGUGAACUGCUUUGGGGACAGGUGAUUUGCACCGUUCCAACCAGCCAGCUGAAGUUCCUGAAGGAGGCAGGACAUGGCACUACCAAGGAGGAUAUUGCAGAGGAAGAACUGCCUGAGGAUCUAGAUGAAAUUGACCAUGCUGAAAUGGAACUCCGACGGGGACAGAUCCUGUGGUUCCGGGGCCUCAACAGAAUACAGACUCAGAUGGACGUAGUUUACACAUUCCAGACCGGCGCCUCCUCUUUACAGGGAGCCCUCAGGAGACAGCCUUCCAUCGUGAGCCAACACCACGAUAUCAAAGUGGUGAAUGCAUUCCGUAGCUCCUUGUAUGAAGGCCUCGAGAAACCCGAAUCCAGAAGCUCCAUUCAUAACUUCAUGACUCACCCAGAGUUCAUCCUGGAGGAAGACGAGCCUCGGACCCCAUUCCUUGAUGGCGCUGAAGAAGACCUGGAAGCUGAAGGACUCAAAAAGCAAAGUGAGGAGAGCCCAGGCGAGUCCUCACCCCUCAACAAAAAUAACAAUGCAGUGGACGGUGAUGAAGCUGAGGACACCAUUCCAGAUCCAGAAAGCCCUUUACACAGCUUGGAAACAUCAGUUUGACCUCUGAACUUUGAUCCUCCUGCCUUUUUCCUCCCUCAUGCAACAUAAGCACAUACAUCUGACUGCUCACUGCAGCCACUUCCUUUCUAGGGUUCAUACAUAUAUGCCUAUAUUUCCUUGCCCCUUCCUCCCUUAACAAUUGUUUGGGUGCAGGAAUGACAGAAUCACAUGACUAGAGUUUUACUUCUUAGUGAUUGGGGCAAAAGUGCCUCCCUCAAGUGAGAAACUGCUCGGUUAAAGCAUUUUCGCCUUGAGUUGAGUAACUAUAUGACUGCAGUAGUAGGUCUUCUGUCUUUCAAGUGGCAUGCUUAAAGAAACAAGAUUCAGAUUCAAAAAGAGCUAUGUACCCAGCAUCUGAUGAUACAGUUGUGCUAAUAGCUCCUUUUUUUACUUGGCAGAAUCUGAGUCAUAAAUGACUCCACAUUUUCUUGAGGAGAGGUUGGGAGAAUGCCAAGGGGAUGUAAUUUCUUCAUAGAGGAAAGGGGGAUCGAAAUCAGGUAUUGGAUAUGAAAAUUAACCCAGUCUUCCAUCUGGCCAGGGAUGGGGGGGAAUGAUUCAUGACUUCUAUCAUUUUUCUGUUUGUGUUUGCAUUUCUUUCUCUCUUCUUCUGCUUCCAUGGUAAUACAACCGAACAAGAGAUGAGGGUGACUAAAGUCUUAACAUGGCUUUCAAGUGAUGUAGUUGUGAAAGGCCAAGCAAAAAGGAGGUAUGGCAUCACUGUAUUCUCUGAGACUGAAAUUAGGUGGUGUAUGACCAGAUAGGUGCUGUGUGUGAGUUAACAGCAAAUUACUUUGGAACUCUACAUUAGUGGAUGUGUGUGGGGAGGGGGGGGGAGGUAGAUUUUGUUUAAUUUGAGGUUUGCAGUUUUGUCUAUCAGGUGAAUAACUCUUAGAUCCUAUAAGGUAAACAUCCCAAGUUCAUUCCUGAUAAAAUGCAAUGCCAAAGAAUGUGGCAUAAAGAUAAGCUAUUGUCCUUGCCCAGUUUUUGAAGGGUUGUUAUAAGGAAGGAAUAUUCAGACGUCAUCUCUUCAAACAGAUGUGAAUUCUUAUACCUGGUCCAGCUUAUCCCAAUAGUUUCUGUUGGAUUGAAGAGUGAAAAUAUAUUUCACACUUGUUUUUUCAGAGAAAACCACAAAUGAGUAGGCUUUGUAUAGCUGGAACACAUUGCUUUUGCACACAACACCAUCCUAGAGAUAAGGUUCAACAAUGUGACUUUUCCAUGUUUCUCAUUAGGACUGUCUUCCCUUCUCAUUGUACCAAAAGUAGCCACCAUCACUUCCCAACAUGGUUGCCUCUAGCUAUCUAGAAGAAUGCCAGAGAAGUGAAUCCAGCUUUUGUGCUGAAUGCUGAUGGGUAGGGAAUGUCUGUAUCUCAGUAUAUGUUUCCUAGAAUCAGUAUAUGAUUCCUAGAAUCAAGAUGCUGGCAGACCAAGAGAGAACCAUAUUCGAGCCUUGCAGCUACAGCCAUACGGGGAGCCUUCCGCUUUCACAUGGCAUAGCUAACCACGGGCAAGAUUAAAUAAGAGAAGGAUGAGCAUCCGCAGUUCUCUUAAUGGAAAUAGAGUGGUUCUUAAAAUAGCUGAGUGGACUUGUAUCACUACAAAAUGCUUUUCUUCACCCUUACAACCAUCUCUCAAAGUGCUGGAAAGUACUACCUGGAAGCAAAGAGAGAAUCUAGUUGUUAGUAGCUGUAUUGAAGGUUUCAUUGCUUGGCUGCCUUCCCAAUAUUGAAAUGUAUACAGCUCUCCCUCGUGGUGGCGAUGGUUUCCUUUUUCUUUUGAAGAACGCACAGCAGAAACUCCUGUGCCUUGUCUAAGCACUGCCCAAAGCACCGCCCGCUACACAGAAGCCCGGUUCUUUGCCAAGAGAUAAGUGUUCCUUAAGCAAAAAUGAAAAUUGAGUGUUUGGAUUUUCUUUUUAAACUCAACCCCCUUCAUCUUCUGGAUUGGUCACUGAAUUUCAUCACAAGUUCAAGGCAGGCCGAUGAAAAUUCCUUAUCUGAUGUAAAGAGGACUUGAAUGCCAGGCUGAAUUAACUGCCAAUAUCCAGGGGCGAAAACACCCAUCAUCGACCAUCCUAAUUGCGAAUAAGUCACCAUACCAUCCCUCGUCCACAUUGUCCUUCCAGAUACACCCAUUUCAUUCCUUUCAUCUGAACUGUACACCAUGGGAGGAAUGGGGUGGGGUGGGGGGACUGCCAUCUUUGGCGAUGAGAUCUAUUGGAUUUAAAAAAAAAAACCUGUUUAGUUCCAAUCUAGAGGUUACAUUGUUUCAAAGGUCAUUUUUCUAUUUUAAAGACUUGCAAAAAAUGGUGGUGUGUUAGGCGCUUGCAUAAAUAUUUAUGAAAUAUUUGGGGAAGGGGGGGCACUGAUUUUUUUUGUUGGUUUCUUUUAUAUUUUUAUUACCUCAAACAUGUUUUGGAAGAAAAAAACACUGUGGCACUUACAAAGUCACUCCCAGAAAAUCUGUAAUUGACAGGUUGCAUUAAGGGGUCUGGCCUACAUUUUAGUUCAUAUAUUUUUCUUUCUUGUGUCUAGCUUCCUCAGUUAGGGAAGGGGCGGGAGAGGGAAAAUAAUUAUAUAAAUAUUAUGCAAAAAAUAUAUAGUUUUCUUUAGAUCAGAAACAGAUAUUUUUAAGUCAGCCAUAUGUAUUUUGUUUAAAGGAAACAAAGCUGUGAGUUAUGUAACUGCAGUGGAAUGUAGUCACAUGGCUGGCAGUUGAAACUUAGUAAUUGGUCAGACUCCAGUUAGCUUCCUUUCUCUGAACAGCCAUCUUUGUACUAAAGUCAGUUGUGUUAUACAGAAAUGUUUUUAUAUAAAUUAUGUUGAUAUGGCUGGUUGCUUAAAGUGUAAGUGUUUAUUGUGCAUACAUUUUAAUGUAAUUUUUUUCUAUAUUAGUUUCUAUGAUAAACUGGCAGCAGAUGACUGGCUUAAGUUAUUAAGGAACUAUACAAUACUUGGUGAAGAUAUAAUGCUUUAGAUAAGACAUGGCCCCCAAACCACAGAUUCAUGUACUUGCACACUUACCAAUCAAAUGGCUGGCAUUGUUGAAUUUCACACCACUUGUCACUUGCUUGGGGAGGGGAAAGGGAGAACUUGAUGCAGCCCCUCACUUUCCCAGACAGGUUGACAGUGCUGUUUUAAGGUGACUACACCAGCCAUCUGUCAGGGGAAAGUCACGCAAACUCCGUCCAGCAAGGAUCAGCAGCACACAGUCAGCCCCCCAGUAUGGGAAGUAGACUUUUUUUUACUCCACACAGCAUCCUUUGUGUGUAUUUGGAUUGCACCCCAAUAAGGUGAUACACACACAGAAGCUUGCUUCUGUGCACAGUCUAACCUUGCUGGAUCAGGAUAGUGGUAGCUUAUAAUUUCUCUGAAUUAUACCUUGAAAGACUAAAAGAUCCUUUACUGCCAAUAGAAAGAGCAAGAGAGGGGAGAAUAAUUGAAGAUUGUGCCAUGCCAGACAGGAACUAAGGAAACAUCCUGUGAGGCGUGUUAGUUUGCUUUGGAAUGCUGUUUUUGUUUUUUGUUGAUUUUUAAAGAAAAAUACCCUGAACAUAAUUUUGCAUCCAGAUCAUAAUAAUAGGAAUUUAUUCUUUUGUUAAAUAAAUUGGCAGAUUGGUACCAAAGACAUUACAUCACUUCCUGUGUGCAAUGGAGAAUAUCCAUUUUUAGGGUUUAGAAUUACACAAUUGGUUGUUUUUAUUGAUUUGCACAGGGAUCUGACUUAAUUUUUCAAAAGUUUUGUGCAAUAAGUUUUAAGAAAAUAUUAUUUUAAAAAAGAUGACAAUUCCAGAAGGAAAACAAAUCUAAUGGUAAUGUUAGCCAUGGGCAAGUAUGGACAAAAAUACAUAUAUCAACCAUGCUUAAGGGUGACGUUUAUAUAGUAGUUAAAACUUCUGCAUGUGCUUCACUUGCCUCAUUAGAGUUCUACACAUGCCCCUAUUAUGAUGGGGCUGAAACAAAAUUGAGGACCAUUGAAGUCAGUUCAACUCAAUGGACCACGUGGCAGGAAUCUACCCAACCCAAGACAGUGCCUAGUUCAGCAGAUUUCUCUGUCCCACUUUGCCUUUAUGUGAGAUGUGCAAAUAGUUGAGAUUGUUGCAGGACUGAUACCAAAAAUAGCUUUAAAGGGAAGUGAUGGCAGGUUCCAGUCUAAAUUUCUGCUCUUCCCAUUUGCUCAAGAGACCAUCAGUCAUUUCUUCACAAGGGCUCCCUUGACCCGAGAAUUCUCAGCAGAAAUCCUUGAUGCAAGAAGAGUACCACAAGCAGAGCAUGUUGCUUGAACUAGCUCUCUCUUACGUGUGAUGCUUUUAAACGAGCUUCAGUAUUUCAUUGCAGCUAAUGCAGUUGUAACCCAUUAUUCUUCCAUCCUCAUUCUUUGGUUGUGCUUUGUAGUAGCAAUAUCCUAUUAAGCCAAAAAGAAGAAUCCUAACUACAAAUUCUUGUGUCCUUUACACGCCCAUGGCUAAGACUACUAGUUUGGGUUUUUUUUCUGCCCAUACAUAAAUAUAUAUACAGUGUUAAAAUUAAUAUUUGUAUAUAUAUUUAUCUGAAGAAGAAACUUUUCUAAAGAAGCAUGCAGAUAAGAAUUUAUGGGUUUUUUCCUUUUUUUCCAGUAACUAGUAUGAUAAGCACUGGUAUUUUUGUAUAAAAAAGAAAAAAAAUGAUAAAACAAAAGACUGAAUAUUAUGUGGUAUGCAUGACAUUAAAAAUGGUGGUUUCAAAGCAAUAUGUACCCUGGUGUGUUUGCCAUAUUCUAGAGUCCAGCUUAAAGUGCACCUGAUCUGUAACUGCAUUUUGAUAUUAUUUAAUCUCUAUGUACAAUGUUUUGCAUGUAUUUAUAUGGUUCUUGGGAAGAAAUGUUGGGGUUACAGGGGAUAGAAGUGUGGAGUUGGAAUGAUUGUCAACUAGUUUCUUCUGGAAUAUUUGAAACUCCAAACGUAAAUAAUGCUCUGAUUGGAAACAGGAUGGGGAAACCAAGCCAAAUUUUUUUUAAGGUGCAGUGGGAGUAGGGUGGGGGUAGGGAUCAUGUUUUGAAUUAAUAAAGCUUUUUUUGCUGUUGAGCAGAAACAAUGCGCGAGUGCGUUGAGAGAAUAAACUGUGCCCACUUGUAACUGUGAUGUCUUCAGUGUGUCCCACCAGUUUAUGAAGUCACUGAUUAUCUAUUGAAGCUGAGAUGAAAGAUAACUUCAAUGAAUGUAGAAGUCCUGACUUGGAGUCAAGUCAUGUAAAAUCUAUGCUGAUGUGUUUUAAAAAACCCUAAAGUCUAAUCAAUCUUGUAAAGUUACCAAUAUCCAAUAUGCAGAUUUGCACAAAAAAAAUUGUGCCACUCCAACUUCUGUUCUCUCUCAGCAAGGUCCAGAAAGAGCCAUCAAUACUAGUCAAGGCUAAAGAUAAAUGCCUGCCAGCUCUCUGGAAGAGUAUUUUAAUGGGAAGUAGCAGUGUGCUGUGCUGCAAACCUUUUGACAAAUGUGCAUUUUUUAAAAUGAUGGGCGCGAAAGAAUAGAAGAAAAACUUGAGCAAGUAUUUUUAAUAUAAGGCAGCACUCCCAUAAAUAAUUAUUAUACACCUUUUUGUAAACAUUAAUUUUAUUCAUUGCUAACAUUUUUGGCUUGGAUUCUAACUUAACAUUUUCCACCAGUGGAAAAGGCAGUGGAUGAUUUUUGCAAAUUUCUUCAUCACCUGUUGCAUCCCCACACUGUUCCCAAUGAAUCCACUGACCCCUUGGGCUACAAUUGUGAAUGGAGAGGUGGGUGGGCAGUAGGCUGCAGCAUGAAGAUGUGAAAGUUUGCUUCUGGUAGUGCUGUGACUCUUGCACCAAUAAGACCCUGUGCUUUGUUUCCAAGAAAACUCAAUGUGGCUAAGUGCAAAAAUAUAAAUAUCUGACAUGCAUAGUUCAGCUAUUACAUGGAAGAAAAUCCUUUGCUUCCAGAAACAGCUGCAUACAUGUACAACAUUCAGUACUAAGUAUCACAGCUCAGUUGACAUACUGGUAGUUUGCUUUGAGCAUUUAAUAUAAACAAUAAUUGUACACUGCUUUGGCCACCAUUAGUGGAUAGGCAAUCUAUAAAUAUUUUAAAUAAAUGUUCAAGAUUUUGCAUGUACCUCCAAAGAAUCCAGCAAAGUAUGAGGUGGAUAGAUAUGCUUAACACACUUACGUGUGUACAUCUUUUUAAAAACAGCAAAGGAGCUAAGGCUAAUUGGAUUCACAGUGCACACAUAUUGUCAAAAAUAUGUGUAUCUGCCUCACAAACUGGUACACGUGAGCCUACCCCUCAGUAUCACAAUCCCAAUCCAAAUCAGGCCCUGGUUCACUUGGGAGGUUUGUUUCCAGCAGGUAAAUUUUGGCAAUCACAUGAUCAGAAUGAGUACAUCUAGUUCAGCAAUAGAAGUAUGAAGUAUUCCAGCAGAAAGUAAUAUGUUUGCUGUAUCAGAGCUUUAUAUUCUUAUUAAAGAUGUUUGGUGGAGGGUU